AUGACAAUCAUCAUGUCCAGUCUACCGAAGUCAUCCGAUCCAACGCCGCUUAUCUUCUACAAACUCUUGGUGGACCUCAUCUACAGUGCCCUAAUAAUGGUAAUUGUAAUACUGAACAUGCGCUUGCACGGAAAAGACGACAAUGUUCCGGUGCCGAAGUCUCUUGUAUCCUUCUAUCUGGCUCUGACUUGCAAAGAGUGUGGCGGAAAACCAGUGAGUCCAGAAUCGGGCGGCUUUACAAAGGAUCAAAUUGCCAACGGUUUGGAGGAAAGCAAGGGCAAACUACAUGAAUACGAUAUUCCAGACAAUUUGUCAAUGAAUUCCGUGGACGCUCAAAAAGUAACCUGGAAGAAACUCAGCUCUCUUCUGGAUACGAUUUUCUUUGUGCUGUUCGUCUGUCUAUCUGUUAUAAGUUUUGCCGUUUUCGUUGCUAUACUGAAAGGCGGCGCAAUAGCCACAACAUCAGCGGUAUAG